AUGGCGCCUCUUGGCCCUCGACCAGCCGACCCAGCAUUGAAAGAGGCGCGUGAAGCUCAGCGCAGACCUACUCUCCCAUCGGCAAGCAGAGGCGAGCGUAUCCAAGAAACAUACACAGCAUACGACGACUUUCCAUGGGAGAAGAUCGAGGAAUUUCUCAGAGUCAAAUGGUCCAAGUGGGAUUUUAAGCCGCAGAGGUUCAACGACAAGUGGGUUUUCGAGGUGCCCGAGGAGUUGACGGAGGUGAGUCUCGUGCUUCUCUGGCAUUUGCCUAAUCUGUUCGCAAUGGAGGCUGAGCUGUUUAGGGCGAUCGAAGAGAACUUAGGAACAGGAGAGAUGCGCCUAAGAGGACGCGGCGAGCCUCGAUCUCACCCGAGCGAGAGGAGGGGCAAAAUUCAGCCUCUUAAAGGCAAAUGCAAGUUUUACCACAGUAUCUUGAUGGCGCAUGAUUGGCAAGGUUGA